UAAACUUGCGAAAAAAAAAAUCAAAAUACGGAAAAAAAUUGGAAUAAUUAGUAUGUUUUCUGCCUGCGUCUCCUUCGUGCGUCGCAAAGUGUGCUGCAAAAUGGCUGGAAAUAAAGAAGUCAUUUACGAGUUAAAUUUACCGCUAAAAGCGAUUGUCUUUAAUCACACGGAAUAUGACAAAGAAACACUUACACCUCGCACUGGCGACGCAGGUGAACAGUUAGUGGAUUGUUUACGUAACGACAUGCAAAUCACCGAUAUCGAUCAUAAGCACAACCUCACCAAGAUGGAAGUGGUAACUGCCUUAAUCAAAGUCGCGCAGGAAGGUGAUAAAUAUGCCGGUCUUAUCAUCUGUAUUUCAUCGCAUGGGGAACUCGAGCCCCCCUACGGAGACUACAACGAAAUAAUUCACGCAAGGGACAUGCCGUAUGCGAAAGAUGAGUUAUGGAAACAUUUUGAGACGCAGGAGGCCUGGAAAGACAAACCAAUUUUAAUUUUCAUUCAGGCCUGUCGCGGUGCCGAUCCCACGCCAGGUAUCCGUGCGUAUUCGCACGACGUCGAUGAGCGCGUCGAAAUGCCAAAACCGCAAUUCACCGUACCCAAAUACCCGAAUUUGUUUGUGAUGAAUGCCUCGCAACCGGGCACCGUUUCGUUCCGAUGGGAUGACACGACGCCGUUUGUCGAGGCGCUAAUUGAUGUGCUGCGAUGCCGUGCAACGGAGUGGGAUUUGGUGCAGAUUGCGACACACGUCUGUCAUAAGGUUGCAAUGAGCUUCGAGGCAUGCGAUGUCCAUCGCGAAGGCUAUGAGUGCAGUUUGCAAAUGCCGUGUUUCGAGACAACGUUAACGAGGAAGUUUUAUUUUCCGGUACGUGAGACGGCGCAGCAAGAUGUAGAAUUAGAAACUUAUAAGUUGCAGAAAAAGGGAUUGGCAAUGAUAUUUUUGUACGAUUACGAGGGGACAGAUUUGCAAGAAAGAAGUUGCGUAACUCAUGACGAAGAGCUGUUGGAAGAAACAUUCGAAAAACUCAAUUUUGAUGUCGAAAUUCAUCGAAAUUUGGGGUUUAAUGAACUCAUUGGGGAAUUAAGUGAUUCCAAGCGAUUUAAAGACUACGACUUAUCCUUCGUGCUCUUCAGUGGUUACGGCGAAAAGGACGAACUGAUAUUAACUGACGCCAAUAUUGGUGUCAAUGAAUUGUGGCAAUCAUUCUUGGCCGACAAAUGCCCCGAACUGCAGCAAAAACCAAAAAUAUUUGUCAUAUCAGCACUGCCAUACACGCACGAAGAUCCCUCCGUUAUCGUCGAAGGUGUCAGUGGAAAGUUUGACAAGUUAAAUGUACCGCGAAACCCAUCGCAAAAUGUGACGGAAUGUCGAAAGCAUGGCGCUGGCAUACAAAAUAUUCCGGUAACGGCUGACCUUUUACUGUGUUUUGAAAGUGCUGCAGGACGCUCCCGAUAUCUCGAUGACGACUAUGCCGGCACGAUUUAUUUCAAAUAUUUGAGCGAUGCGUUGCUGGACAAGAGAAAUCCUGACUUUGUUAGUGCCUUGGUUGCCACAAAUCGACGUUUCAAAGAGAACAUGGACGAGAAUUACGAUGACGAUCACGAAUUUUAUCGCGAAACGCCGAUAUUUUUUUCGUCGCUGCGGAAAUCGGUGCCAAUUGUGAGACAUUAAUUAUGAAAGAGAAACAAAAAAAAAAUUUUAUUUAAUAAAAACAU